AUGCGUGACAAACGGUUAGAGGCUUACGCCUUUUACAAAUCGCUGCCGAUGCCGCAUACUACCGAAGAUGAUGUGUGGCGGCGCACCGUAGAUAUACGCACCCAAGAUUACUGGCGUCGAACUCGGCGACAUCUCAGCGGCUUCGCGCUUGAAAAAUAUCACCCCAAUGUCGCAACGAACGGUGAUGCAUUGCGGGAAGCACUGCCGCACGAUUCAGAAGAAACUGCAGGCGUGCUUGUGCAAGCAGAUGGACAGCUCCAACACGCCUCCCUAUCCGCGGAACUUGAAAAAAAGGGUGUCUACUUCGCUGACCUCCACACGGCUUUGAAGGAACGGUCGGAACUGCUUCGCUCCUACUUCAUGAGCAGGGCGGUCACACUGGAAACGACGUUAAAAAGCGGAAAUAUCGCCCUUCAUAACAAGUUUGACGCACUACACGGGGCAUUUUGGCAAGGCGGCUACGUCUUGCAUGUCCCCAAAGGGCUCAGCGUUGAAGUCCCAUUGCGGGUUCGCAUCAGUAUGUCCGAAGCACAACAAGCUGACCUCUCGCAUACACUCAUCAUUGCUGAAGAGGGCAGUCAGGUUGUGAUUUUGGAGGACAAUCUAUCUACUGACGAAACUACAAGCGGCUUACAUAGCGGGGCUGUUGAAAUUUUCGCGGGACAGAAUGCGAACGUGACUUACGUGCAACUACAACGUUGGAAUAGGCACGUCUGGGACUUCGCCUCUCACCGCGCGAUGGUUGGUAGAGACGCGCAACUCUGCUGGGUAACCGCCGCUUUCGGUGGCAGGUUAAGCAAGGUAAACCAAGCUGUCGUCUUGGAAGGUGCUGGGUGUACCGCCCAAAUGUUGGGCUUAGCUUUCCCUGAUGCACGCCAACACUUAGAUGUUAGCACCGCACAGGAGCACAUUUCACCGCAUACUUCCAGCGAUCUGCUGUAUCGGACUGUCCUCAAAGACAGGGCGCAGACUGCGUGGGGUGGAAACAUCUACGUCUAUCCGUCGGCGAACCAUACCGAUGCGUAUCAGAAGAACGACAAUCUGCUGCUCAGCGAACGUGCACAUGCCGAUACCUUGCCCGGAUUGGAGAUUCAAGCACAUGAGGUGCGCUGUACACAUGGUGCAACCGCUGGGAAGAUUGAUGCCGAGCAGGUUUUUUACCUCAUGAGCCGUGGUGUGCCUUACGCACAAGCAGAAAAACUGAUUGUUGAUGGAUUUUUUGAACCUGUCAUGGAACGUAUCCCGUUGGAAUCCGUGCGUGAAGAAUUGCGUACAUCCAUUACGAAUAAACUAUCAUAG